CUCGCUUGUUGUCCGAGUCACAAAGAAGCAUCAAGGACGACGACCUACGCAAAGACAACAACACCCCCUCCUGUUGCUUGUUUACAACGCCCACCACGAACACACACGCACAUACACACACUCCAUGGGGGACCGCCCGCCGACCCAGCGGCCAAGGGCAAGUCCACCAUGGUUGGGAGGCGCUGCAGCCAUGAUGGCGGCGGUCUUCACGCAUCCGAUCGACCAGACCAAGAUCCGAUCACAAGUACAGUACCCCCGCCAGACGAUGGUUGCGACCGCACGCAACACGGUCGCGUCGAGCGGCGUGCUGGGGCUGUGGGCUGGCUUGAGCGGGUCCCUCCUCCGGCAGGGGACGUACGGCGCCGCGCGGUUCGGGCUGUACAACUGGCUCAAGGAUCGCGCGUUGGCACGAGGAGAGCGGCUCUCAGCGGAGCAGAUGGUGCUCAAUGGCGCUGCUGCUGGCGCUGUCGCCGGCGUGAUUGGCGCGCCAGCUGAACUCGUCAUGGUCCGUCUGUCGUCGGACGGCAUCAAGCCCGAGGCCAAGAGAUUACACUACCGCAACGCGAUCGACGGGCUGUACAAGAUUGCCCGCAACGAGGGUUUCACGCACAUCUUCCGCGGGUGGGGCAUGGCGUCUCUGCGGAGCGUACUGCUGAAUGCGAGCCAACUGACUUGCUACGACGUGAUCAAGGCGCGUCUCCUCCGCACGCCGUACUUCACCGACAGCAUUCCACUCCACCUGCUCACGGCGACACUCGGCGGGACGAUCAGCAUCACGAUCUGCGCGCCGGUCGACAUGGUCAAGUCGCGCCUGCAGAGCUCGACCAAUCCCCGGACGACCGCCAUGUCCAUCCUCACGUCGUCGAUUCGGCACGAGGGCCUGCGCGUCCUGUUCCGCGGUUGGCUGCCCGCGUGGUUGAGGAUGGUGCCCAACACCUGCCUGACCUUCGUCUUCUUCGAGCAGCUGAAGCGGGUGUUUUAGACCCAAAGCCAGCUCGAGAGCAUCUUAGACACCACCAGUACACUUGUAUAUUUGUCGACUAGACUAGCAUGCAGCAUGACAGCAAA